CCCCACACACGAUGAGUUGCUAUGUACCAGUCAUUUAGUCUUAUACAACCCCACACACAAUGAGUUGCUAUGUACAAGUCAUUUAGUCUUAUACAACCCCACACACAAUGAGUUGCUAUGUACAAGUCAUUUAGUCUUAUACAGCCCAACAUAGGGUUAAGGUGUCUCGGAGAGAGCGAAGGUGUGUUAGAUCUCACCUCCUGUGUACACCAUGGGAGUGAUCAGCCUCCACGUGUUGUUGGUCGUCGUCGUCGUCGUUACCUCUGCUGGGGGUGUUGAGCUGUACACGUCCCGGGGAACGCACUACCAAGUCGGUCUGGAUGUGGGCCAGCAUUUCCAAGGCGCCAUACAGGAGUAUUACGCCAUGAUGACAGAUCUUCACACCAAGUUACUUCCCUUUGUUGAAACAGCAGGCGGGUCACAUAUCUAUGACACAUACUUGAGGAUGGCAGAAACCCACUUCCCUCAGUAUGUGGAUGAGCUUCGUGGAAUCGCAGUCGGGGCAAAACUUUCGUUUAAACAGGUUUUCACAAACCACAUCUGGGACGAGUUAUCUACCCUGAUUGGCGUCAAUCAGAAGAAGUCGUGUACAGAUGUGUACGUGAAUGACGUCGGGGACGAAGGUCCCCCCCUGGUGACGCCACAGUUUAGUUUGGGCCACAAUGAGGAUGGGAGCCCCAACGCCAAGACUCGAGCCUACAUCCUACACGCCAUCAUCGUCAACAACGUCACGGGGACGGUGGAAGAGGACUUUACGUCGUUUACCUAUCCUGGUGAGCUACCCGGAGACGCUUACGGGUUCAACAUCCACGGAGUCGUGCUCACCAUGAACGCCGUAUUGCCGGUGAUCGCCGGUAUUGGCGCCGUUCCUCGCGAUUUCGUCCUCCGGGCCACAUUUGCAGUGAGGAAUCAAGCGGAGCUGGAGUCACUGAUGCUGAGUGAGGGCACGGGUGUGGGGUAUGGGUACAACCUCAACUACGGCAACACUCAAGACGACGUCCGAUCACUGGUCAGCUACGAAGUGGCUCCCCUGGAGAACCAGCCUCGGGCUCUGGUCAGCAAAUACACCGUUGGUUGCCAUGGCAUCAACGACAACACCAACACCACCGGUCCAUACUUCCACUUCAACUUGUACAACCACACGGAUGUUGUACAGAUGACGUCACAGUUGACCAGCUCCUACCACCGCCAAGCUCGUGUAGCCCAGAUACCGGAAGUGCGGAACACACAGGGCGCCCUCUACGUCCUGGGCGACACGCACGACCCCGACUACCCCAUCUACAGGACAGCCAGGCCCACUGACGAGUUCUCCACGCUAACCACGGCUUUCUUUAACCUAGUGCACUGUCGCCUGUACAUCUACGUGGACAACCCCUUUACCGGAAGUCGGCCUUUCCUGAACCUGACCCUUCCAGCAGGGCGCCAGUGUCACUGACCUUUGUACAUGUCAUAUAUUGGAGACAAUGACAUGAGUAUAUAUUAAAGUGUCUCAAGGCAA